AUGUCUGAUAACUUGUGCAAAUAUGAACGAUGUAGUAGAAGUUUAGAAAAAACAUCCUUCAUUAGUAAAACGGGAAAUUCUACAAAAGUAUGCUAUUACUGUCGAAAUAAAGAUUUAACAAAUUACUACGCCGCAAAGGCUAAUAAAAAUAUACCUUGUGAUCAAAAUCCUAUCGAGCCAAAGGAAAUGAAAAAAAAGUUAUUUGAAUAUAUUCUUCAAAUUGGAAAUGAUGAACAUAUAGAAAAUGAACAUUCUGGUAUAGAAUUUUCAUGUGAAAUAUCAACUACUUCAUUAAAAAGUGAACCUCAUGAACUUGGAAAGGCGAUUGCUGAUAUAGUAGGAUCUGCUGACGGAUAUUACUAUAUGUAA